AUGGAGUUGGUCGGUUUGAUCUUACUAUAUGGUCUCGUUGCCACUGUUCGAUGCUGCACCGAGUUAACUCAUUUCUUUUCAUGCGGUGGUGCUUGUCGUCGGUUUUGUAGCUCUCGAGACAACGAUGAUGUGAUCUCUGGUGAUGAAAUUGAUGAUGAUGGGGGUGGAGAGGAGUUGACGGCUGAUGACAUAGCGGCGGUGUUGACGCGGUUGGGGAUAGGUUAUGGAGAUGGGGGAGGGGAGGGGAGGAGAGUGGUUGGGCAGUUGUUGGAGGAAAAGGAGGCGAGUGAGUGGGAAUUGAAAGAGGCCUUUUAUGUGUUUGAUAGGAAUGAAGAUGGUUUCAUAACAGUUGAUGAGUUGUGGAAUGUGAUGAGGAGGUUGGGGUUUGAGGAAGGGAGGAGGGUGGAGGAUUGUGAGAGGAUGAUUAGGGUUUUUGAUGAGGAUGGUGAUGGGAAGAUUAGUUUUUUGGAGUUCAGGAGACUGCUAGAGGAUUCAAUAUAG